ACAUUCUAUACCUAAGAUUAUAGUAGAAUAGAGUACCUUCAACUUGAGCCUGUUUGAGAGCAUAAAUGAAUUUAUAAUUGAUAUAAAUACAUGAUCAACAGAAAUCACCACAUCAUUUUACAAAAAAACGUGUAACUUUCAUGGGGACAUCUAUUCACGUUAAAACAAAUAUCUGUAAAGGCAAAGGAUAGGUUACUUUAAUCUUCGGUAAAGCCACGAAUACGUUUCGUAUGUCAUCAGUUUAAUUGUCAGAUGGUUGAGUUUGUGUCAGAUUGUUGAAUUUCAUAAUAAACAAUUUUCAGUAGAAUAUAUCUGAAAUGUUGCAGGAGGAUUCUAAUGGGGAUUCUUCCUUCGAAAUAAUCGAUAAGAAAAAUCGUGAGAAUUCGGAUGUAACAGGAUCAUCGAGCAACCUCAGCUCUGUCUCCUCAGCAUACUCAAUACCAUCUCCAAGCGGAAAUUUGCUAUCCAAUGUUGCUCCACCUUCAACCUUACCUGAUUUUAGGAUAUGGUCUGCUGGAACUCCAGCUGUUGAGACAAGUGUUUCACAUAUGUCUCAAGCUGUUUCAACACAGUCACAACCAGUUCCGACCACUAAGGGUCCAAUCCCUUCAGCUGGGGUAGCGGAAGAGUUUCCUCGAACCCAAUUCAGUGCUGCAAUACCACCAAGCAAAGGUGUUCAGUUUGGACCAACAAUCCAGCAAAAAUCUACUGAGAAAGAUGCUCCUGGAGGAUUCAUGGGUCUUGUAAAAGAAGCUUUUUCAAGCGGAGGAGUUUUGUCAAAGAUGGCAGAGAAAGCCAAAAGCUCUGUCGAUUCAAUUAUCACUACCCUGGAUCCACAAAUGAGUGAAUUCAUCAACUCUGGUGGAGAUACGGAAGUCACAGUUAUUUCAGAAAAUGAAGAGGAAGUAAGUGCUUUGAGGGAAGCAUUUCACUCGGUGUUCGGAAAGGCUUGGGUGAAUGGAAUGAAGUUAAAUGUCCCUCCAAAAAAAUUUCAGGCUGUGGGAUUUGAAGAAGGCAAAAGAAAUGCAGAAGAAAAAAUCGAGUAUUCCUUCAAAUAUAGGAAGACUCCCACAGUAGCCAUAGAGAACAUUCUUUUGGAACAAAACGGAGAAUGGUUUGAACUGAGCAUCUUAGUGUUGAAAGAUACAGAACGACAAAUUACUGUACAGACUUUCAGCCAAGCUACUCCUGUGCCUGUAGAUGAAUUUCUAAGGUCUAUCACUCCGGAAAAUAAAACCCUCAGCACCCAAGAAAAGUUGGCCUCAAUUGCACAGGCAAAAGGUAACUGGCAACAACAUAUUUCUGGAGUUUCUAGAAAGGAAGUUAUUCUACUGGCUGCUAAAACUCUCGUGAGCUUGUAUAAAAACAAACUCUCGGCUAGAAUUUUCUGAAGAUAAUUUGAGCCAUCUACUUACAGAACAAUUGAAUUGAAAUCUAUUCAACAAAAUAGGAUUGUCAAGAGUAUUUUUUGCACGGUCAUGUGCCACUUACUGUAUGAACAAUGUAAAGAACUUCGAAUCUACAUUUCAAUCUCGUACUUUUUUCAAUAUUUCUCUAAGAAUUUACAAAUAAAAAUUUUUUAAAUAAAAAACAUGUUUUUAAA